AUGACUAAGACUCGACCUCAUUAUCGAAAUCAAUUUACUGCACUCCGAAAUUCAAUGAACACAGAUGCCGAAGAUGCAUUCUCUGCGUUUGACCGUCGUGUCUUAAAAAUGCAUCAACCUGGCCUUCCUUACAUUGCAGUUAGUGUGCGGACUCAGCUGAUCCAUCUUGAGCUAAAGAUGCUCGACUGGCUGACGUUACCUGUGCCCCGGGACAUGGUACUUCUCUCUCACCAACAACAGCAGCAAGGCUCGCUACAACAAGAAAAACAGCAUCCGCAAUUACAACAACAGCAUCAACAACCAAAACAAAUCACUACCUUAUCCUCAAGUUCCUCACAGAGCCUCCAGUUGGGGAAGAUUUCUACUCCCAAUGAUCUAUUCCAUUUCGAUGAAGCUGAAUCUGCCUGUCCUGAUUCUACUGGACCUGGUAUCUCCUCGACUCACGAAUCCUUGGCGUCCGGUUUAUCUUUGUCUACAAGCAAUAGAAUUGGCUCCGGGAUUACUAGCGCUUGCCCUGGUUCAGAAUCUUCACCUGGAGGACUACAGCGGUCUACUAGGUGUCCAGCCCCACUCGGAUCUGUCGAUCAAAUGGAAAAUGAUCCCAGCUGCAGCCUUGAUCUGGACGGGGAUGACACAUCCGCAGUUUCUGUGAAGCUGGUGAAUUUUGUUAAAUGCAGACAAAUUGCCGAGCUUGUUGAACGCUAUCUUGCAUUCCAAGAAAUGGCCUAUGCAUUUCGUGUUGAUGAGACGAUCAGAGUAAGUAACAUUUUAUAA